GGUCCUCUAGUUUAUUCUAGAUAACUUCCCUCCGCCAUGUCCAAAGUACCCGAAUCUUCACAUUCUUUUUCUUCCUCUUACUAGGCCUUCCAACCCUAGUUGUUUCAGACUGUACAUGUGAUAAAGAAGACGACAAACAUGAUGACAAAGCCCUUCUCAGCUACAAAAUAGCAGCCAUAGCUUCCAUACUCGUGGCGAGUGCAAUCGGAGUUUCGAUUCCAAGCAUUGGAAAGUUCUGCCGGCAUUAAGCCCCGAGAAUGACAUCUUCUUCAUGAUCAAGGCCUUCGCCGCCGGCGUGAUACUGUCCACUGGAUUCAUUCACGUGCUCCCUGAUGCAUUCGACAAGUUGAGGUCUCCUCGCUUGGGUGAUCAUCCAUGGAAAUUUCCCUUCACAGGCUUCGUGGCUAUGUGUACGGCCAUGGGAACCCUCAUGGUGGAUGCUCUUGGCACUGUGUAUUUCAAGAAAUUUCACAUGAGAACAACCCAACAAACUGAGGCGAUCGGAGACCAAGAAGAAGAUCAUACAGAACAUGUUCAUGUUCACGUUCGCGCAACACAUGAUCAUGCUCAUGGGUUGUCAUCGGAUUAUUCUUCUGGCUCGUCUCAACUUCUUCGUCACAGAGUAAUAUCACAAGUGUUGGAGCUUGGGAUAAUAGUGCAUUCAGUGAUAAUAGGAAUAUCUUUGGGAGCAUCCGAGGAUCCAAAAGAGAUAAAACCUCUGGUCGCUGCUUUAACUUUUCAUCAAUUCUUUGAAGGCAUGGGUCUUGGAAGCUGUAUCACUCAGGCAAAAUUCGAGAACAAUGCCAUCGCAAUUAUGGGAUUAUUCUUCGCUCUGACUACACCGGUGGGAAUAGGAAUUGGUAUGGCGAUUAGUGAAGGAUACGAUGAGAAUAGUCAAAAAGCUUUGAUUUUUGAAGGAAUUUUCAAUGCAGCUUCGGCAGGAAUCUUAAUUUAUAUGGCUCUUGUUGAUCUUCUAGCUGCAGAUUUUAUGAACGAUAGAGUGCUAAACAGUACUCACCUUCAAUUUAGGGCAACUUUUUCUCUACUUUUAGGAGCUGGUUUAAUGUCUCUUUUAGCCAAAUGGGCUUGACUUUUAUAGUAUUUUGUCAGUAGUUUUAAAAUUUUUGUAUUCAAUACAGAGCUAAAUAAGUUAAAGUAAACAUGUACGUAGCAGCUUUCUUGUUUGUAGUA